CUGGGUGUAGGAAAUAAAAUUUCCACAUACAAGUGUGUAUAACUAUGUAAUAUUAUGUAUAUGUAUGUACGUGUAGCACUAGAGAUUUGUUGGGGGGAUAAACAGGAGUUCGUAUCCGCAAUGCAGAAAAUAGAGAGAGAUAAUUUAGGGCAAAAGCCUAUUCCGGACGACCUACUCUUGGAUAUUCUGGUAUGUCUUCCAGCGAAAUCCCUAAUGCGAUUCAAAAUUGUGUGUAAAUCGUGGCAUGCUCUGAUUCGUGAUCCCCGUUUCGCUGAAUCCCAUCAUGCCGUCUCUCGGACCCGCAGGCCGGAUUCCUCACACGUUCUGCUUUAUGUCACCACCGAAAAUGCACCGGCACUUCGCCGAUGGAUGAGUAUCUUUCCGGUUCAACCAAGAUGGGGUAUCUUCCCGGUAAAACUUGAUGAUGGGAUUUUGUCCAAUCAUCUUCCCGUACACAUGUUUGAUGGUGCAUCAGCAUAUGAUGAAAAUAAAUGGUUUCAUCGCGCAAAGUUUAUCAGUGCGACAAAUAUCGUCAACGGCCUGAUCUGUCUAUGGGUGGAGAAAGAAUAUCAAUUUGAAUUGCUCAAUCUCACGACUAAGGAAAAGGUGCCUCUCCCUAGAUCAGAACUUUGGCUUCAUUCCCGCAAUCCAUGCAAUCCCGCACAUUAUUUGGGGUUUGAUCCAAUCAAAAAACAAUAUAAAGUACUAAUCCGUUUUGGAGAGGGUGAAUAUUUCAUCAUCACUUUUAGCGGUGAUAAGCGCAUGUCUUGGAGGAAGGUUGAUGGUUUACCGCAGCUAGGUAUCUAUAGAAGAAGAGAGAACACAUGCGUGGAUGGUGCAAUAUAUUGGCAUACAUAUUCACAUGUUUGUGAGCUUCCUAAUUGUGAGGGUUGGGAGGAGAAGAAUGUGCAGUAUUUUGAGGUUGGACAGGAGAAAUUUAACGUACUUCCAGUUCAUGAUCACGUAGGUAAUGAACCGGUUGAUUCUGUGUUCCAAACAGAAGUAGGUGGCAAAUUCACCUUGGCAUUCUUAAACAGAUCCCACAGUCAUGGUACUACUGAUCAAAUCACAUUGUGGAGAUUAAUUAAUAGACGCGACCAGGAUUGGGUUAGAUCCAGAAUCGAGCUACCGAGUUGGUUGCUUGUUGGCCGCCGAUACCUUAGCUUCUCUGGCAGCACAAAUACAGGUGAUAUGCUCGUUAAAAUAUCAAAUCUUUAUGCUUGUGAUACUUUGAUCUUUUGUGAUUUGGAAGAGGACAAAAAGCAUGCAACUCUUAAGCUGAUGUCUACGGAUAAGUUUUCUGAUUGGAUACCCACUCCAAUGCCCACUUAUGCUGCCUUUAGGCAUCAUGUAGAAAACAUUCUUCCUUUGAAUCUUUUAAACGACAUGAGAAAAGGCUAGACGAGCCAUGCAUUCAGACAAGUAAACUUUAUAGCGGAGUAUCACGCAUCGAAUUCAAUUGGUUAUCAACUUCUUUCUGAUCUUCCCUUCCCGAAGGUGUGAGAUGCAUGGUGCAAUUGGUAUUUUGCAUAAAUGAAGUAUAGCAGUUUUAUUUUUAUUUUUAGACGCUAUCAAGCCAAUUUCUUGUCUAUUUUAUUUCCUUUUUAUACAUCAAUUGUUCUCUGGGUUUCAGUUCAAUGAUUAGCAUUCGAG